AUGGACUCAACGACAGCACACACCCAGCCUCUGGCCGAUCGUCCCACAAAUACGCAUCUUGCCAACGCUUCAUCUGGCGACAAGUUUGACUCCAAGGCUGAUCUGUCAUCGAUGGAUUUCCACCGCCAGGCCCUUCAGGCGAAGCUGGAUGGCGGCGAAAAACAGUCAAACGCCUACGUUUCUCCAUCGGACGAUAUCAUGAGCCCCUGUACGAAGAAGUUGAGCGACAUCAAGAGCAAGCGGUUCAAGAACGCUGGCAAGCCUCAGUCUCUCUUCGCAAAGCUGGGCAAGAAGAGUUACGAGCAAUCAUCAGCUGGGCAGACUCAAGCCACUGAUUAG